CAAUAAACAAUAUGGCCGAACAAGUAUGGAAUGAAAGCAAUAACAAGUUUGGUCACCAGAGGCAGUGAUGGAUAGAGUGGGUAACUCAACGUUAUGGAAGAAAUUACACGACCCAACGUCAGUUACACCACGAAUGUCCCGAUGGCCUCCAGGACAGAACCAGUUUCCCUCGAGGUAUGAACAGCUGCCUGGUAUCGGUAAAGAGAGCCCACGGUCUCCCGUCGACAACCAGCUGGUGCCAUUACGGACCCGCAAGGCUAGCCCGCGCAGCAACUACAAGGAAAACAUGGAUUUAGACACAGAAGAACGCAUUCGGCAACUAGAAAUGAGACUGUCUGUCUCUGAAAAAUCCAACAGGGCUCUACUAGAGGAAGUGUUACGUUUACAGAGUGAUCUGCGGAACACUGCACGAAAGAGUGACGACGUGUUCAGAGAAGAACGAGAGUCAAGGCAACAGCUCUCAGAAGCAAUACGCAUCAGUAACGAGCUCAUCACUCAACUCAGUGUCAGGAUUAAGGAGACUGAGGACAAAAUUGAGGAUGAAAAAGCAUCUUUGAACACUUUAUUUAGUCAUACUAAACUUGUAGAAAAGUCUGUGGUGGUCAGUCAGCAGGAAAUUCAACAACGAAGAGAUGCCCAGUCCAUAAAACUUCAGGAACUCAAAUCAGAGUUGAGUGAGAACAAAUCAGCACGCAGUCAGCUAGAGCAGAUUACGUAUGCUCUGUCGGAAGAGUUACGUACCCUGAGGAACAAGGUAGAUAAUCAGCAGGCUGAGUUCUCAAACAUGAUCACUGAAGUGAGAAACCGGGCACGAAAACUGGAGGAGGAGAAUAGAACACAUCUGGACUCCAUGCGCAAGCAGUCAGAUAUGCACAGCCUGGCAGAUGUCUCCAAUACACAACUCAGGGGACAGGUGGAGCAGAGGUUGUCUGAGUUGAGAGAUGUGCUGAUGGACCUCCGUGGAAAACAUGAAACCGAGCAAAGUGAACGACGCAAUCUGGAAAAGUUAAUGCAAGCAAAAAUUAACGAGCUGAACACAGCAUUGGGUGAGCAGGCCCGGAAACGUGAGGAGAAUAUGCACACAGUGGACAUGGUUCUGCGCGAGAAGGAACACGCUGCGCAGGCUGAGAAGCUGCAACUCAACUCCAAACUCUCUGGCACAGUGGAGGAUGUGAACAAGCGGCUGACAGCCAAAGAGAUGAAGUUGAAGGACGAGAUACAGGCCAAGUACCAGCAGCUUGAGAAGAUAUUGCAGCGAGAACAGCAGUCACGGCAGGAGUAUGAGAAGUCCUCAAGGGAGGAGGCAGACAGGAAGUGGCAGACCCUGAGGAAGGCUCUGGAGGAGGAGCUGCAGAUACUGAAGGAGAGCAUCGGAACUGAACGAGGCAAGAACAGAGACACAAUAACCAAGCUGGACCAGUCCAUCACCAUUGUUGAGAAACAGCUGGCAGAGAAUAAGAAACAGGUGGACAAAGUGAUGGCUGCUGAAAUCAAGUCUAGGAAGAUACAUGAGCUGGGUACACAGGAGAAGAUCAGCAUAGUGAACGACAAGCUGCAGAUAGCCACCUCCUCCCUGCAGCAGGCUAUAGGGGGAGUCUCACAGAACCUGUCAUCCAGCACUGAGAAGAUAAAGCGAGAGCUGAAGACGAUGUUGAAUGAGCAGCAACAGGGCAGUACGCGGGCGCUGUCGGACAUGGACGCACGCAUGAACGCCGUCAAACAGAGACUCAACACCAUGGAGGAGGCGCUCGACGCAAAAGUAGCUGCGGCAUCUAACAACCUGUCAGAACGACUUUCGGAUCGAAUAGAGGCAAUUUCAAAAUGGCAGGAUGCGACAGGGGACACACUUCGGGAACUAGGUCGCAGUGUGCAGACAAUACCACAAGAUAUUUAUCAGAUGGAGGAGAAGUUCAAACUGUUGAAGUCUGAAAUGGAUUCAAGAGUGAGUCACGAGUCUGAUGGCAGGGCUCGAGAAAUGGAAAUUCUUCGUCAGGAGAUUCUCAACUUGAAAAGUCGCCUGGACAGACAGCCAAAGGCUGCCUCUCUGCAGGACCUUGAAGCUAUGAAUAUUGGAGUGAGAAAGCUGGCCGACAAUCUGCAGACCGUGAAGACAGUGCUAGGAAUGAAGAUACAGUCAGAACAGAAACUGCGAGGAGAGGAAGUGCAGAAUUUGCAGGCGCAGAUUGAUGACAUCAAGCGGGCCAUCGAGCCCAUGGUCGGGCGCUCCCACCCCAUGUUUGUCAAGGACAGGGACCGUAACCAAGGCAACUCGCCUGAGCCAGUUAACGAGUGGGGCGUAUACAAUGCAUACAAGUGGCUGAUGUGGAAGUCCAAACUCAUGUUCCGACUCUGGGAGAUUCGUGCCCGCAAACAGUUGAAGCGGAGGUUGUCCGGCCACACGGAUGACCCCUUCAACCCCCACCCUGCUCUUUCAACCCCUGCUAGAUCUCCUGUAAACAAAACACCUAUGACUUCCCCCUCAAGAGACAGAAACAAAUCGCCAGCAGUCAACAAAUCUUGAAAACAAGACUGAAUAAAAACUAAUCAGACCAAAGCAGCUCCAGUGAGCCCUAACAGUUCAUUACAUUCUCCAAAGAAGGGGUCUGGGCUUGUUACCCCUACAAAGUCUCCAGGGGCAUUAAAGGCCUCAGGGGCAGGAGAAAAGGAGGCGGCUAAAAUGUCACAUUGUAGAGGGUUAGGGGCAUAGCACAUUGUAGUUGUACCUGGUCAUCAUCACUCAUUAUGACAGAUAAGUAAGUUUUGUUACGCGAAUGCUUCAACCUUUCGACUUUUUUACGAGUUAAAAUAUAAUUCUACUGAAGUAUAACUGUGGCUUAUCUUCUUGUUUUUCAGCAUGUAAGAUAAGUUCUUGUUACCCUAUGGUGGUUAUAUUGGAACGAAGCUAUUGUGUACAAAACAAGAUUGUUUGCUUCAAAUUAAUCCAUACUUUCGUAUUGUUUUGUAACUUCUUUUCUAGACUAGCUCAAAUACCUGGUACGUUAAUUAUCUUGUUUGUAGAUAAAAGUUGUUAAAUUUAGUUUAUGUUUCAUACACAUACCAGACUUGCCGUAUGAGUUUGUAUGCUCCCACUUUAAGAGGGAGGCAUAUAGAUUUGCCCGUCCUUUCUCCCUUAUUUUCCCGGCCUGUCCCAUUUGUUGUGUCUGGCAUUACUUAAAAAGUAUUGAAGCUAGACGGAUGAAACUUUGCAAAUAUAUAAACCAGCAUAUGACAUGUCGGACCAGCAUAUUUUGGUUCGGUUGUUAAUGACAUAACCGUAGUAAUGGCCCCUUAUUGAGCAAAAAAAGGACAUUGUUUACCUAACUUGUAUCGUGCAUAACUCAAAAAGUACUGCUGAUAGUGAGCUGAACCCAACAUUGGAGCUUGGGCACCUCCAUAAUGUGUGUGGUGUUCUGAGAAAACUGGGCAUAAUGAAUGUGCGUAAAGUGCCAUCUCAGAUUAGCCUGUGCAGUCUGCUUUUAUGACAUUUGUCGUUAAAAUGAAAUCUUUUGUUAGCAAAAAUCAAAUUUUGGCGGAAAGUGUCGUCCCUGAUUAGCCUGUGCAGACUGCACAGGCUAAUUUGAAACGACACUUCACGCACAUGCAUUAUGCCCAGAGGGCGGAGCAUUUAAAAACAUAUUAACUAUAAACAUGUGAACUUGCACGUCUUUAUGUUUUGGUUAAGUUGUUUUCAUCUUUUGCGGAACCUUCGUUGUCUGGCUGACACAUUUUUAGUUUAAAAUAAAAACAUAUUUUUGUCUUGUUUAAAUACGUGAAUGUUGACUGAUACACAUUAGCAAAUUAUUUGAAUGGUUUAUUGAGAUUAAAAGAAGGGCAGAAUCUACUUGUUAUAGAAUUGUUUAAGUGCUGUCUGAAAUGUUUGUUAUGUCAGUUAGUGUCAAACUUUUGUUUGUUAGCAAAUGAUUAAUACAUUAAUUUUAUUCUGAUUGAUGAAUAUUGUACCAUACUUUCCAAACAGCGGCUGUGAUAUAUUGCAUUAUUCCAUGUAAACAGAUGGUUAUUUAAAGCUGCACAUUCACAGAUCAGAUCACUGAUUAAUGGAGGUCCGCUUCAGAGUUUCAACUUGCUUUUGUGUAUGUAUGGCUCUGACAUUUAUAGCCUUAACACUCAAUAGAAUUAAUGUAUUUCUUAAGAAGAGUAUACAAUUAUGCAGAAAGGGAAAAACAUACUAAAGCUUAAAUUUGAAGUUCUAUGAAAUGCAAAAAAGGGUCAUAUGCCAUAUGCUGACCGCGUAGCUACAGACCAGCCUGCACAAUCUGCCAGCCUGGUCAGGACCUAUGAUGUCUGUUAUGCAGUCAGGCAAGGUUUUGUGGUCUCAUUAGCUGAAAGGGUAGCUCUUGAUCCGUCUGCAUGAAUGCCCAGCCUGGUCAGGGUAGCUCUUGAUCAGUCUGAAUGGAUGCCCAGCCUGGUCAGGGUAGCUCUUGAUCCGUCUGCAUGGUAGCCCAGCCUGGUCAGGGUAGCUCUUGAUCCGUCUGCAUGGAUGCCCAGCCUGGUCAGGGUAGCUCUUUAUCAGUCUGCAUGGAUGCCCAGCCUGGUCAGGGUAGCUCUUUAUCAGUCUGCAUGGAUGCCCAGCCUGGUCAGGGUAGCUCUUGAUCCGUCUGCAUGGAUGCCCAGCCUGGCCAGGAGCUAUGCUACCCGUACAUGGCAUUAGACCCAUUUUCGCAUAACACAGCUCAAAUGUCAUUCUUUAUUUUUAAUUGCCAAUGAUCUGUAAGUGUACAGCUUUAAGUAUGUUAAUUUUGUAAAUAUGUUUAUUUAUAUUAAUUUCAAGAUCUAGAUCUAGAUAUAGUAUCUAUUAUGUUGUAGCUCAACCAAUCUGAGUAUUUGACAUGCUUUUAAAUUAAUAUGUUUAUGUUUAUUUAGCAUAAUUAGAAUCAUUAUGACAGUUAAAUUUAUUAUAGUUGUUAACUUAGUACUAUUAUUUGUACCCCACUUAGUAAAUUAAACACUGCGUAAUGUCUUGUUUCUGUGAUAUAUUUAAAGGUAUACGGGAAAGCUUCAUUUCAAUUUAAAUAAGGAAAUUCAUCUCAAUUUGAAUUAGGAUUGUUUCACUAAAAUAAAUACCCUUUGAUUUGUAUUUGAAACAAUAUUUCAUCCACAUUGCUAUAAGUACAAUACAUCGGACAACAUGUUUCCAAUGACAUGCAUUUAGUGCCAAACAAAUAUAGAAUUCUGUCAAUUAUACUGUGUAUACAUGUUUUAUAAUGUUAUAGACUGCACUUGUUAGAUGGUCAAUUAAUUUGGUAUUAAGUUUGUGGUAAUUAGUGUUAUUUUAGCUGUGAUUUCUUUAACCAUUUGUCAUCCAUCCUAUUUUUUUAUGUAUUUUUAUUUAUUUAUUAAAUUCUUUUCAACUUUUUGAAUAGGUGUAUUAAAUUGUGUCUAAAAAUGA